AUGAACAGACGACUUUUACACCAGGAUAGAUUAGUCGAUGAUGCAUCAAUACCAUAUCCUACAGCUAAAGCUCUUGGAAGAAGACCUACUGAUAGUGCAAUGAGAUUGAAAAAUGAUGAAACAAAUAAUAGAAAUGAACAUGAAUUUGUACGUGUAGAAAAUAAAAGACGAAGAUUAAUCACAUUUCCAAUUAUACCAAAAAUAAAUAUCGGUAGACCAACAUAA